CAUCCUCCUCUGCCUCCUCCUCCUAGUAGGAGCUCCUCACCAGUUCUCUCGCUCUCCCUCCUCCGGUUCCCCAGCCCGGCUCCUCCUUUCUCCUGCGACCCCGCCCCCCGGCCCCUCUACCCCCCGGCGGGUCUUUCGCGGGGCGGUGGUGCGCAGGCGCGGAGCCGAGUCCCGCUGGGCCGCAGCCGGUGGCCGGCUCGCUGUGGGCCUGUACCCGGCCCUCCACGCUCGGUUCUCCCUCGCUCUGCGGAGACUGGAGGACGGACCGGACCACGCAGAAGUGUGGCGGCAGGAUGGCGCAGACCGCCAUGUCCGAGACUUACGAUUUCUUGUUUAAAUUCUUGGUCAUCGGGAAUGCGGGAACCGGCAAAUCUUGCUUGCUUCAUCAGUUCAUUGAGAAAAAAUUCAAAGAUGACUCAAAUCAUACCAUAGGAGUGGAGUUUGGCUCAAAGAUCAUAAAUGUUGGUGGUAAAUAUGUAAAGCUACAGAUAUGGGACACAGCUGGACAGGAGCGAUUCAGGUCUGUGACAAGAAGCUACUACAGAGGUGCAGCUGGGGCUCUCCUCGUCUACGACAUCACCAGCCGAGAAACCUACAAUGCGCUUACUAAUUGGUUAACAGAUGCCAGAAUGCUGGCGAGUCAGAACAUUGUCAUCAUCCUCUGCGGGAACAAGAAGGACCUGGAUGCUGACCGUGAAGUCACCUUCCUUGAAGCCUCCAGGUUCGCACAAGAGAAUGAGCUGAUGUUCCUGGAAACGAGUGCACUGACUGGUGAGAACGUUGAAGAGGCGUUCAUGCAGUGUGCAAGGAAAAUACUUAACAAAAUCGAAUCAGGUGAGCUGGACCCAGAGAGAAUGGGCUCUGGUAUCCAGUAUGGAGACGCUGCCCUGAGACAGCUACGGUCACCACGGCGUACACAGGCCCCAAAUGCACAGGAGUGUGGCUGCUAGGCACACCAGCAACACAGGUUCCGUGGCGGUUUCUGGAGCACAACUGCGGGAGCCUGAAGAGUCUGGAGUCUUUACUGCCACCUUUUCUACUCCGCACAGAAGCAGAUCUUCAUGGGGGAAGCCGCAGUGCACACUGGCAGACAGGGCUCAGCAGCCACACUGCGAACUAACUCAGUGGACAGUACCUUUAGAUGCCACACAUAUGCAAAGAUCCCCGCCCCACGUCUACCCCUUCCUGUUCCAUGAAACCAAGCUUGUGCUGCACACAGCCUGGCCCGUUCCUCCAGCACAGAGCCAGUGUGACAAGAUAGAAUCCUGCACUCAAUGAAGCUUUUUUUUUCAACUCACAGGAAAUGCAGUUUGUGAAUAUGAGCGUGCUUUUUCUCAUCGUGUUGGUUACACACGACUCAGUAUCAAAGGACUCUGGCGCUAAGAGCCAGCACAUUUCUUAUUUAAUCCCUCUUGCCCUUUCUACACCGUGUCUGUGACCCACACCUGAAAUGCUAACCCUCAAGGACUCUCACUGUCAUCUGGAAAUAAAGUGGAACCGAGUCUCUCACGCA